AAAUGAAAAACCAUGGUAAUUAACCAACUAGCGCGAUUAAUCUCGUCGCUAAUUAUCGCAGUGCAGAUCGUAACCGUUUAUGCUAGGAAUGCUAAUGAAUUCUACACAUUCAAGGAUGCAAGGGCCACUUCUACCUACGUCACACACACUGACGACUUGCAAAAAUUCGGGCCAGCCCGAGCCUUCCAGAUAGGGGCAUCUUAUUGGUGCAGUGCUGGUAAUCAUGCUUCUACUGACUUUGUCUCCUGGACUGGUGAGCUCUGGGAUGUUGCCAAGAUAUCGCAAAUUGAUGUAAUAUGGGAAUAUGCACCAAAUGAAGUCGAGAUAUCAACUUCCAUGGCACAAGACAGCUUCAAUGUUGUCAUGCCAUUUCGGAAGACCUUUGAAAGCAAACCAUCAUAUAAGGAAGUAUUCAAGCUUGACGCUCCUGUUGAGGCUAAAUUCGUUAGGUUAACAUUGCGUGGUCCUAUAAAUGAAUACUUCGGUAUCAGGGAGGUCCACAUUGUGGGAGCUGGCAACCCACUUUUCGUUAUUAAGUCUGGCAUAUCUAGCCCUUUGGGUGAAAUGUGUCUUCAGCUGGAGGAAGGCCGUCGUGACAACAAUACCCGUGUGAUAUUGGACCUGUGUACCUACGCAAUAGCCGCAGCUGAUGGAAGGGAUCUAUGGCGCCACGAUUCAAGGCAGCGCCUUGUUAGUGCUGUAACAAAGCCGCCCAAAUGCCUUACUUCAGUGAACCCUAACAAGAUUGGGCCCUUGGUAAUUGCGGACUGCAAGGACGAUGGUGACGAUCAGUGUCGUUGGGAAUUCCUUGGGAAUGGCCAAAUAUCUCUUAAGAACGCCACUGACCUUUGCAUGACUCAAUCAGAUGUAUAUUCCGACAAGGCCGGUAUGGGCGACCUCCUUCAGAUUAUGAAGAAAAAGGUGAAACUCAUAGCAUCAAGUACAGCGGACCGUCACAAGGUUGAAUCCAUUAUGGAUGAGAAUGUGAAGACCUACUGGGCAUCCAAUCUCUUCCUCGAUUCAGGUGUUCAUACUGUUACUAUCACUAUAGACUUUGGCGAGAUUACACGUGCCGCCAAGGUGAGGAUAGAUUGGGAAUACCAGCCUGUGACUUACACCGUUGAGGGCAGUACUGACAACAUAGUAUUCAAGGAACUAGCGAGGAACAUGUCAAAUGCAGAUCACGUAACUAUUGAUACCCUUGAAGAUAGGGAUUUCAAGCAGCUCAGGCUGGUUAUGCUCAGGCCUCAUCACACCUACGGGAAGGUGGAAGGUGGUUAUGUGUAUGGUAUUCGUCAGUUACAAGUCCUUUCAAGCAACUUGGAGACUGUGGUUGGUGACUGCCGGGCGGCUGCCAACACUCCAGAUGCUCGGGAUAAGUACUUUGUAUCUUACGUUUCAGCUUUCGAACCUGCUCUUGCCCACGAGAUCAAGAACAUGGAGAAUGAGAUUCACGGCAUCACGGGUGAAGUGAUAGACGACAUGGCAACGCUGGGCGACACCUUGGAUGAAACUGACACCUGUAUGCAGGAGAAGAAGGAGUACGACAAGACGCUCGAGCAGAUCCACACUCGUGAAACUGCCAUGUGGAAGCAGAUACAGAUGUCAUCUUUGUGUAGCAAGCAGAAUUCCGUUGACGUAACGUAUUCCACUAUUGGUGAGACUAUGAAAACCCCUGCUGAGGACUGCUACAGUAUUAAACAGCAGUCCAAGGGUGUGACUUCAGGUUUCUUUUGGAUACAGCCUCAGUGUUCUAAACAUCCUCUUCGGGUAUACUGCGACAUGGGUUCGCAGACAUCGAUGCUGAUUUGGGAUGGCAAGAAUGGCGGUUCUGGUCCUCAGGCAUUGCACAACUUGACAUCUCCCCAAGCCAUCAGGUAUCAGUGUGCUGCUUAUGGCCUAGAACCGUUAAUUAUCAAAUCCAAACACCAGGUGGACGGUCUUAGGGAAGCUCUCUUUCUGAUGGGAUUUGAGCGUAAGGCAGACCACUACAUCCCGUUAGCCUACAAAUUUGGCAAUGCUCAUAAAUUCCGUGACUUGAUGAACAUUUACACCUUUAUGACGGAGUCCUCUAUAGUUGGCACCAAAACGCCACCUGAACAACCAGCUAUGCAGGGAGGGCAUUCACUAGAGCACAACGCAGCAGGCCUGUCACUCGCAACGGGCGAAAUUGAAGUCUUCGAUCUUGAAACCGCCAACAUUGCUGCUAUAGUAUGCUCCACCAAUGUAACCGAGGACAAUGUAACGCCCAUUCCCAUUAAGUGCGACGACAGAAUUGAUAAAAACGAGAAACUAGUUGGUAACACCAACACGAAUAUAGUGGUAUCAUGCUCGGAGCACUGUGCUGAUAAGACGGAACUACCGGUUUAUGGUACCGAUGGUGUAUAUAGUGAUCGAAGCUCAAUAUGUAGAGCUGCUAUUCAUGCUGGUGUUAUCGCCAACAAGGGCACUUUUACAGUAUCUAUAGAAACGGGUUUACCUUUCUACAGUGGUAGUACUGAAAACGGUAUCCAAAGCUAUGCUUUCAACAAAUCAUGGCAGGGUUCCAGGGAUCUGUUAGACCCCGGUAUGCCUGAAGGUGAAAAGGAAAUUGAACACACCGGUCCUCCGUCAAGGUUUAGCAUUCGGAUUCUACCCAGGAAACGCGUUUGUCCAAUAGUACAAACGCACGGAUCAUUUCUCCAGGUUCCCAGUAACACUCCAGGAAAGACAUCCGUAGACAAACCAGCAGACAGCAAUACACAGGGUACAACGAAACCCAAGGAAUCGGACGCUACAGAUAUCGCAAUGUCACCGUCGGAUGGCCUUGAUAUGGCUAAUCUAGAUCCCACUACAAAGGAGGCUGCGGUGAAGGUCCUCUCCGAUAUGAACGCCAUGUAUGGCUUGGACAUUAAGACUGUAAUCAAUACCAUAGAGAACAUUGCGGCUAUUGUAAGUCGCGCCAAGAAGUACAUUAAACCCCUGGAGUCUGUAUCUAUGCACCAGGAGAAGAAGAUGACUACGCUGUAUGACCGCCUUGAAUCAGCUUUGCAGAAGGCGACUUACCUGAAGGAAAGCAGCGAAUCGCAGAAAUCGAACUACCAACGCCUGUUACAUGAGCAGCAGGCAAAGGGUGUGGAAUCAGAGGCGCCGUUAGUCAUGGAUUACACAACAAUGGCCUUUUCCAGGACCUUCAAGAUACAUGAUACUAGCAUGACCUCCGGUGGACAGAGCAGAUGGGGGUAUUCCGACUCUCCUUUUGAUGGCCACAUGUCCUAUAUAGUCCAGAGCAGUGACAUUGACAGCUCUUUACUUGGUGAAGGUGCCUAUGCCAUGCUAAAGGACCGCCGGUACUUUGACUUUGAUAUUACCGUUGACCUUUUGGCUAAAAAUGAAGGUUCCGUAGGUAUAGCAUUCAGGUCACAGGGCCAUUUUAACUAUUACUUGCUACUACUCAAUUCACGCCAGAGCAACAAGCAGCUGCUCAAGGUCCAGGAAGGGGUCACUCACGUCCUGGCGACGAACCCAGAUGACGGGUACAAAAAGAACACGUGGAUCAAGGUCAAUAUAUCCGCCACUGGCAACUUGAUAGAGGUCACUUGUGACGGCAAACGCAUAUUAAAGGUACUGGACACCUCAUUUCUGCAUGGCGGCGUUGGUUUAUAUUCCUGUGGUAGCAAUGGCAGCUUUUAUUUUGAUAACUUUACAGUUACUCCUAAGCCAAUUCUCAUGGAAUCACCGGAAGUUCGCCUUGGCAGACUCAAGGCUGUCAAAUGCUCCACGUACAAUGAAACGUAUACCGGCGACUUCAGUGAUGCCUACAAGGUAGUGAAUCCCAGCCAUGCGCACACCACUUCUUGGCGAUUCAAGGACAUCAUUGGUGGCAAGCACAAGGCCAUUCACCAGUACCACAUAUCCCAGGAUCCGCGUGGCAUAGGUUCUUUGGCUAUAUUGAACAACGACAGGACGUGCACUGCUGGGUUCAUUGGGUUCCGGUUUCUGCCAAUGUGUGAAGGCGGCUCCAUUGGCGCCGUAGUUAGAUUCGCAAAUGUCCAAAACAUGAUACUCAUAGAGAUGACUGCUUCGGAACUCAGCAUUAGACUAAUUCAACCCGGGGGCUCCAAGGUACUGGGUACAGUUCCGGCCAGCUACGCCAUAUCGAAAUGGAAUGCCAUGCAGGUUGGCAUUAGCAGCGACAGGAUAUCAGUCAAGGUGAAGAAGAAUGUGGACCACGGCUCUCUAUUCUCUGGUCUGUUUGGUAACACCGACUAUGAGUGCAAGGCGGAACUGGAGGAGUACAGCGGUCUAGGUCUUGGCAUAGGUCUCAAAUCCGCUGGUUGUGACUCGUGUUACUUUGAUCAGUUCCAUGUAUCCCCGGAAGAGUCUACUUCCAGCUUCACUCCAUCUAUGUUCCUUCAGCAAUACUCCAGUGUUAACAUCUGGCGGCCCUGUGCCGAGAGUGUGCAUGUAUUAAACCGCAUAGCACUGUGCAAACAGAUGUUCCGGAACCGGGGCGAGGCGAGUGCCUGUGCUGAGAGUUUUUGCUUUCCCUGCUGCUCCUACCACACCAGGUUACUGGGUGAAGUCCAUCGUGAGGCGUGCAUGACAACGUGCCAGAAGAACCACCACGUGUCCAAUCUAUAUUUGGAGAAGUUUCUGUCAUAUGUCAAUAGUUGCGUUUCGUUAGAGGGUCCUGCUUUUAAGCAUUGCGAGGGGGAUCGUCAAUGUUUGAAACGUGCCUGUAGCUUAUGCUGCAGCAGUGGCCAUGAUGAGAAGGGCCCGCUAGACAAAGCUCUGGUGGCCCUGGAGACCUCAAGCUGCCUCAUGCAGUGCAACACGUUAGUCUAGACAAUUGGGACUCUAUGCCAAAGUGCAUGUAUAUACCU